AUGUGGAGCAUGCCUCUCCUGCCACCCGCCUCUCGCGGGGAGCCGUUUGCCACGCUCACGAUAAGUGCUCAUGGGAUAACAGCCAGGGAUUCAGGAAAGAAGCUGAAACAGGCAGCCAUCCAGCAGAAGACAACAAUCUGUUCCCCCCCCCCACCCCCCCCCCCCCCCACCCCCCCCCCCCCCCACCCCCCCCCCCCCCCACCCCCCCCCCCCCCCACCCCCCCCCCCCCCCACCCCCCCCCCCCCCCACCCCCCCCCCCCCCCACCCCCCCCCCCCCCCACCCCCCCCCCCCCCCACCCCCCCCCCCCCCCACCCCCCCCCCCCCCCACCCCCCCCCCCCCCCACCCCCCCCCCCCCCCACCCCCCCCCCCCCCCACCCCCCCCCCCCCCCACCCCCCCCCCCCCCCACCCCCCCCCCCCCCCACCCCCCCCCCCCCCCACCCCCCCCCCCCCCCACCCCCCCCCCCCCCCACCCCCCCCCCCCCCCACCCCCCCCCCCCCCCACCCCCCCCCCCCCCCACCCCCCCCCCCCCCCACCCCCCCCCCCCCCCACCCCCCCCCCCCCCCACCCCCCCCCCCCCCCACCCCCCCCCCCCCCCACCCCCCCCCCCCCCCACCCCCCCCCCCCCCCACCCCCCCCCCCCCCCACCCCCCCCCCCCCCCACCCCCCCCCCCCCCCACCCCCCCCCCCCCCCACCCCCCCCCCCCCCCACCCCCCCCCCCCCCCACCCCCCCCCCCCCCCACCCCCCCCCCCCCCCACCCCCCCCCCCCCCCACCCCCCCCCCCCCCCACCCCCCCCCCCCCCCACCCCCCCCCCCCCCCACCCCCCCCCCCCCCCACCCCCCCCCCCCCCCACCCCCCCCCCCCCCCACCCCCCCCCCCCCCCACCCCCCCCCCCCCCCACCCCCCCCCCCCCCCACCCCCCCCCCCCCCCACCCCCCCCCCCCCCCACCCCCCCCCCCCCCCACCCCCCCCCCCCCCCACCCCCCCCCCCCCCCACCCCCCCCCCCCCCCACCCCCCCCCCCCCCCACCCCCCCCCCCCCCCACCCCCCCCCCCCCCCACCCCCCCCCCCCCCCACCCCCCCCCCCCCCCACCCCCCCCCCCCCCCACCCCCCCCCCCCCCCACCCCCCCCCCCCCCCACCCCCCCCCCCCCCCACCCCCCCCCCCCCCC